AAAUUAAUUCAUUAUUUAUGUAUUGAACUUUAAAUUAUUAUUCCAAGUAAUUUAAUAUAAAUAUUUCAUUAUAUAAGUAAAAUAAACAUUACAAUGAAAAUAUUUAAGAUAAAGAGGAGCUCAGUCCCAAGUUCUCACGUUUCAAUGUCCUUGAAACUUUUCAAACUCUGUCCCAAGUUCUCACCGUCUUGACCUCCAAAGGCUCUCUUCGAAUAUGUUGGUCCACAUAAAUGGGAAUCUAUUUUCGCAUCUGAGCUAUCUGAUGACGCCAAUGAACUAUCAACUGAACUCCUAGUCGGUUCAAUCCCUCGGUAUUAAGAUAUCUUGGCUUUCAAGAAACAUUCUUCUUCCUCUUUUUCUUCUUCAUCAUCAUCUCCUCUGCCUGAUUCAGUGACUUAGUCCCAAAAAAGGAAGAGCUGAGACAGCUUCUAUUGACCAUUGAUGCUACUCCAUAGAAGGUUGAAUCUCGGAUAUGAAGAUUUUGUAACUGUUUUCAAUCUGGAUUCAAAAUGAAAAUACUAUGUUUCUUUGUUUCUGCAUUUUGCGAGAAUUGAUAGACCAAGUAUUUAAGCUUCCAUACAUUAAGUGUUAGGCUAAUGCUGGUAGACUGGUAGUAGUAGUAGACAUACUUCACAAUUCAUACAGACCAUGUAACAGCUGACGUGGACAAAAAAAAGUUCGCAUAUUGCCACGUGAUUGUAUUGCAUAGUGGUAUGUAUUUUUGCUAAACGAAUAUUCCUAGGAAAAAAACUUCCACAAUUUACUAAUAAAACAAUCUGACAUGGCAAAUAAAGUUAUGAAAUCUUUUGAGUGGCACAGAAAGAGAUAACAAAAAGAGACGUGAUUAAAGAUUGCAAAAGUUCACUUUAUUGCCAACAAACAUGUGGCUCUCUCAUCUCUACAUGUCCCUUUCUCUCCUGAUGUGUCAUCUUCCCCACUUUUUUCUCUCUGUGUGGCUCUGUUCGAUCCAUUCAUACCAACCGCAUACUUUUAUACGUUAUAUACUCUUGUCCCACAUCUUCGUUUAAACAAUCAACACAUACCAUCAUCUCUCCUUCACUUUCUUAUUUCUUCUGUACCGUACUUGCAACGUUUGGUAUGUCAGAACUUAGAGAUACCCCGGUCAAAUUGUUUGGUUGGACAAUUACAUCUUCUUUGUCGUCCCUGAUGAGCAACCAAUCUGCUACUGACGACAUCGAACAAGACAGCACAAGUCUUCAGAGAUCAUCUGAUCUCACCGAGGAGUCAAAAGAAACAUCUGAGAACAGCGAGAUCACAACAACAACAACUACAUCGGAAGAGAAAACAACUGAUGACUUGAAGAAACCAGACAAGAUUCUUCCAUGUCCAAGAUGCAACAGCUCGGACACCAAGUUCUGUUACUACAACAACUACAACGUUAGCCAGCCACGUCACUUCUGUAGAAGCUGCCAGAGGUAUUGGACUUCCGGUGGAUCCAUGAGGACCGUCCCAGUUGGUUCAGGCCGCCGUAAGAACAAGGGAUGGGUUUCUUCAGACAAUUACAUGCACAUCAAGUCCGAGGAUACUAACAGUUACAAUAGCUCACCGGCGAAAAUUCUUAGCUUCGACUCUUCGGGCGAAGAGUCUUUGGUUACUGAGAAUGAUAAGAAUCAAUCAAGCGACUCUGUUUCAAAAAAAUUCAACAAAUUCCAAAGAUUUCUUCCUCCGCAAGUAACAUCCUCUGUUUCCCCUCCUUGGCCUUACCAGUACCCUCCUAACCCUGCUUUCUACCAAAUCCCUGUCUACUGGGGCUGCACGGUACCUUUUUGGUCUACUCUACAGACUUGUACUUGUCUAGGGAAAAGGACAAGAGACGAAGCUUCACAUGUAAGUGUUGGAGAGAACGAAGACACUUCUGUAAGAGCAAGACUGGAUUCACAAUCUCGAAGUAAUACUGAUGAAGCAAACGUCGCUACGAAGAAUCGUGUGUUUUAUCCACUGCCGAUGGAACGUGAGAAGACACAUCAGUUCAGCUUAUUCGUAAAUGGGUCUGAAACAAAGAGCGGCAACAAUAGGUUCGUUCCUGAAACGUAUCUAAACCUGCAAGCAAACCCUGAAGCCAUGUCAAGAUCUAUGAACUUCAGGGAGAGCAUGUAACAUUAAAGAGAUUAGAGUAUAGAACAAUCGUUCGUGUGUUUAUUCAUGAAGUGAGAUUUAGUACUGUAUUGAUUGCUACCUUGUAGAGAAAGGAAAAAAAAACUUAAGGUAUUUUUGUUUUGUGCUUA